AUGGAUCAUAUAAAAACUGUAUUCAAACAUAACCAUCACCAUAACUCUUGGUCUCAACAGACCCUUGAUUCUCCGAAUACCGCUUAUUUGCAAUCUUAUGCCAUUGUGGUAUCAACAGAAACCAAUUCUGAUGAUGAUUGGAAACAAGUUGUAGAUGUAUUACACGAAAAAUAUCCGAAUGCAACCGUCUAUCUUUAUCGCAAUGAUGUCACGUCAGUUAAAGAAGCACUUCAAAUUUCGAUGCCGCGUUAUACAGCAUUUGUGUGUAAACCAUCAGAAUGUGGUCGAGAGUUUGUUGCCAGUGUUCAUCGUCUAACUCGUACGCUUGAUGAUGAACCGUACAUUGAUACCAUGUGGGCUAUCAUUACAGGCAGUGAUGCGAAAUCUGCGCUGAAUUCGAUUAAAGACGAUGUUGAACAACCGUUUAUUAUUCGUACUGCAUUAAAUUUUACUAAUGUUGAUCAAGAUUUGUUUGAUAUGUGUUUUACAUUCUCAGAUUCAAAAUAUAGUUGUUGGUACGGGAAAAACUGUUGUGAAAAUGGAAAAGAAGAAGGUAGCGAAUAUUCAAAGCCACCAGCGUUAAUGUUUUCAGAAAAACUUGAUGCUAUUCGACCGGAUUUACUUGUAACGGGCGGUCAUGGUACCGAACACACGCUUGAAAUGCCAUGGACGACUGGUAUGCUUUAUGCUACCGAUCAAUCUCUUUUACUGUUAGAUACGGAAGGCAAUGCUGUUGCUUCGCCAAUAGAAACAUCACCAAAUCCAAAAGUAUUUUUACCUAUAGCAAACUGUCUCAUUGGUCAUUGUGUUGGUGAAAAUUGCAUGGUCACUCUAUUUAUGGGUAAAUUAGGCGUGAAACAAUUGUGUGGAUAUACUGUCAAUACAUGGUUUGGUCGUGCUGGAUGGGGAACAUUGGAUUUAUGGAAAAGUAUUCCUGGUCAACUGGCACUUUCACAGGCAUAUUUUCUCAAUCAAGUUCGUAUGACGUAUGACUUAAAAUCUAUUAAUUCACAUCUACUUAAAUUUAAAUUUGAUGUUACUAAGAAUGAUCCAUCCUACGAAUCAGUUGGAGAACAAAUCAACAACUGUUUCAAACUCUCAGAUAAUAUAGAUGCCGAAACACGAGAGAAAAUAUAUGGAUUAUGCUAUGAUCGAGAUACGACUGUUUUAUAUGGUGAUCCAGCUUUUGACGCAAGAUUUGAUAAAACAAAAUGCGAUCCGAUAUUAUCAACAAAAUUUAUUCGCACGAGUGUUAAUACACAUAGUUUUAUUAUUACUUUUACCGAUACAGAAAGUAUAUCUAAACUUUACCUUCCCGUUGGUGUAAUGUUUACGAGUCGAAUUGCCAAUUACAAUAUUAUCAGUGGUAUUGAUCAUGAGCCGAUAUUAUCCGACAAUUUUAUAAUGGUUUUAAAACCUCGUCCAAAAGAGGGUUCGACAACAGUUGUCAUCGAUUUUAGAGGAACCGUUCUACCCUAA